GCGCUUCUUCGCCUCGCGACCCGCAGAGUAUGGACGACCUGGAAGACAUCAUCAGCGAAGAGCUGAGCAGGCUGAGCCCGGCCAACCCGGAGACCACUAUUUCGUCGGAAGACACGGACGACCUUAGUGAGGAGGAUGGCGAAGCGGAGAACCCACCAUAUGCGGCUGAAAUACCGGAAACUUUCCUCUCACGCCUACAAAUGGAUAGAAGGAUAAUAGAUGCCAUCGAAAAUGCGCCCAUCAGUGGGAAACAUGAAGGUGGAUCCGGUUUCUAUAGCGGAGUCCGCGCCCCUGAAGAGGUUUUACGUGAGACGGGCACUUGGUACCACGAAGACGAGCUUCAGCUCAGAAAUCGAAUCAUCUCUGAAGUGGAGGAAGAGGAAUCAAUGACAGUCCGUAGUAAUACACUCCUGGUGACGGCAUCCAAAGAAACACUGACAGACUUUCUAGACGAUGACUUUUACAGAGAAGCAGAGGAAAAGUUCAGCUUUGAUCUGGAAAAUUUGGAAAAGAGACUGAAAGAAGAUUCAGAAAAAAGGAUUGCAGAGGAUAAAAAAAUGAAAGAACAUAUUUUGAAAGAGCGAAGAGAAGAAGAGGACAGAAGAAAGCACCGAUACAGGAUUUUUGAAGAGGAACUGAAAGAAAUUGAAUGGGAAACUAUGCCUCAAGACUUUAGAACAAAGGAAGAAAAUGCAUUACUGCUUGAUUUACAUAAACAAGAGGCGGUAAUUGCAGAGCUACAAAAACAGCUGGAGGAGGAGAGACAGACUGUUGAGGCAGCCCAAGUCAAGGAAUGCAGGAGGGCUGAGGAACUGCGCAACAGUGCAGCAGUGAAAAUUCAAGCUAGUGUUAGAGCAUUCUUAGUCUCUAAGCGGACAGCAGCCGUACUCAGCCAAAGGAGGAAGGAGAGAAUGAAGAAGCACUGGAGAAAAGAGGAGAUAGUAAGGCGACACAAAGAAGAACAGAAAUUCAAAGAGGAUGAAAAGAGAGAGCUCAGAGAUAAAGUCAAGUUUUGGGAGAGGGAGGAGAAGAUAAGGAAGGAAACAGAGGAAGAGGGGAGAAGAACGAGUGAGAAAGAUGAGUGCAGGGAGAGGGAGGAAAUUGAUGGAAAACAAAUAGAGGAAGAGAGGAGAGGAGAAAGAGAGAAGGAGGAGGAGAUCAGGAAGCAGACAGAGGAACAAGAGAGGAAGAGAGAAAGACAAACAAGAGAGAAAGACAAGUGCAUAGAGAGGGGGGAAAUUGACGGGAAGCAAACAGAGGAAAAGAGGAGAAGAGACAGAGAAAAAGAUGAGAGCAGGGAGAGUGAGGAGGAGAUCAGGAAGAUAACAGAGGAAGAGGGAAAAAGAACUAGAGAGAAAGAUGAGUGCAGGGAGGAGGAGGAAAAGACCAGGAAGCAGACAGAGGAAGAGGGGAGAAGAACAAGAGAGAAAGAUGAGUGUGGGAAGAGGGAAGAAAUCAUUCUGAAGCAGACAGAGGACAAAGAGAGAAGAGUGAGAGAGAAAGAUGAGUGCAGGGAGAGGGAGGAGAAGAUCGGAAUGCAGACUGAAGAAGAGGGGAGAAGAGUGAGAGAGAAAGAUGAGUGCAGGGUGGGGGAGGAGAAGAUCAGAAUGCAGACUGAAGAAGAGGGGAGAAGAGUGAGAGAGAAAGAUGAGUGCAGGGUGGGGGAGGAGAAGAUCAGAAUGCAGACUGAAGAAGAAAGGAGAAGAAUGAGAGAGAAAGAUGAGUGCAGGGAGAGGGAGGAGAAGAUCGGAAUGCAGACUGAAGAAGAGGGGAGAAGAGUGAGAGAGAAAGAUGAGUGCAGGGUGGGGGAGGAGAAGAUCAGAAUGCAGACUGAAGAAGAAAGGAGAAGAAUGAGAGAGAAAGACAAGUGUGGGAAGAAGGAGGAAAUCAUCAGGAAGCAGACAGAGGAAGAAGAGAAAAGAACAAGAGAGAAAGAUGAGUGUAGGGAGAAGGAGGAAAAGAUCAGGAAGCAGACAGAGGAAGAGGGGAGAAGAAUGAGAAGGAAGGAAGAGGAAGUGGAUGAAAACCAGGAAGAAAAGCUUAAGAUACAUGUAGGGGAACAGACGUUAUGGCAGGAAGAAGGAAAAAGAAAUGAAAAAUGGAAGGAGAACAUGAAGAGGGAAGAGGAAAUCAAGAGAACAAUGGAGGAAAAGCAAAUUGGAAAGGAGAAGGAGACAUGGACAAAAGACAGGUUCGUGGCUGUAGAUUUUUUGGAGCCACAGACUCCCAAACUGGAAGAAUCAAAAAACAAGGUGUAUGAGGAAGUCCAGAAACAGAAUCAACUGGAGAGGAACCCAAGGAUGGAGAAGGAGAAUGUGCGGCAUAGAGAGAUAGUCAAUAGAUUCCAGGAGAAUCGCACAAAACAAGAGAUAGUAAAAAGAACUUCACAGGAUCCAGCAUGGAGCAUCAAUGGAAGAAACAGAGAAAGUUCAGCCCCAUCAGGGAACAAGACAGAAACCUGGAAGCUUCCAGAUAAUCAGCAGGUCAGAUUGUUACAUCCUCAAUGUGAAGAAGAACAACUUUACAGUUCCUCCAUGCAAAGGGCCAGUCUGUUGUCAUGUGUCUGCUCUGUGGACCCGUGCAUCUCCCCUGAGAAUUCAGUAAACAGAGGCCCAGAGAUGACCAGUCUGCACACACAUGGAGCCGCGAUGAAUCCAUCUGAGAAUCAGGGUCCUUGUGGGGGCCCUGUGGACAAGAGCCUUCAUCACCCUGCACCUGAUGAGCUGCUCUCUAAGGACAAUGUGUGUCUGCCGGACAGUACAGAGCGAAAGCGGGUGAGGUGGAUGCGUGCCUGCACUCCCUGGUCCAAAGUCACCUCACGGGGACUCGGGGGACAUCAGGGGGAGAAGAAGGCAGCAGCACGACGUCCUCCAAAUGAUCUCCCUCCCAUUGCUGUGGAUGUUCUUCUUCGGGCUGGCACAUGCAGCUCCCUGAAACAGGUGACUACAGUGACCCUUGAAGACUUGCCUGGCUGCAGUUUGUCCACAUUAUCUGAGUGCGUAAAACUGCAGGCACUGACACUCAGAAGGUGUGGUCUGGUAGCUUUAGAGGGAAUCAGCAGGUGUCAGGACCUCAGAUACAUUGAUGUACAGGAAAAUUCCAUCAAGUUUAUAAACUGCCAGGAUUUGGUGAACCUCCGAGUCCUUCUCCUGAAUCGGAAUCAGUUGACAUCGAUCCAUGGGUUGGAAGGUGCAGGCAAUCUCGCAGUGCUGGAGUUAUCGUACAACAGUAUCUCCCGCAUCAGUGGUCUAGAGACUUUAACGACCCUUCAGAGAUUACUGAUCGACCAUAACCAGCUGAUCAGCACCCAGGGCCUGAGGGGGGUCUCUACCCUCCUGUAUCUCGACUGUGCUCACAACCACCUCAGCAGUCUGGAUGGCAUCGAUAGCUGCAUCCUGCUGGGGACGCUGCGGCUGCAGGGAAAUAACAUAUCGGAGCCUCCCCGCCUAUCUGACCACGUGCUGAUCAGGGAGCUGCACCUGGACGAUAACAGUCUGUCGUCUUUGGACAGUGUGUCGGCCUGCUGGCUGCCGCUACUCCGACGCAUCUCCGCCUCUCGGAACAGCAUCACCCAGCUGCCAGCCCUGUCUGAUUUCCUGUCCUUGCGGAGUCUGGACGUCAGCUACAACUGCCUGUCAGACCUGGCAAACGUACGGCUCGGCCUUCAGGGGUGUCCGCAUCUCCAGGACAUUAAUGUGUUCAAAAACCCUUUUCAACAGGAAGUCGACUGGAGAUCCGCCUUGCUGGAGACGUUACCUGGAUUGAGGGAGAUCGAUGGCGAGCAGAUCAGCACAUCACCGGCCUCGGCAACAGAUGGAAAAUGCGAAGUGGUGCCUGGCAGCUUCACUGCGCUCUGUCAGUUCCAAGCCAAGCAGCUGGAGGGAGAGCAAGGCAGGCUGGACAGGGGGCGCCACCAGCACAGUGAGAAUCUUCUUCAGCUGGCCGUUGGAUAUCGAAAAGCCCAUGAACGUGGUGAGAUGAGCUUGACUGACGGCCCUGAAGCAGGACCUCACAGCGACCUGCGGAUCCAACAGGAAGGUGCCUUUUUCCAAGAACAGAAAACUCUGCUCCAGGUCAAGCCUCCAAAGUUGCCUGGUCCCACCUUGGUCGACAGUAAAGACCCUGAAUGCCCAUUUCCUCCAUAUGACUCCCAGAGACCCUCCGAAGCAAGGGACAGCGUAGGGAUGACAGUCAUUCAGCAUCAGUGGCAUAAAUACAGCCAUGAUAACUUGAAUGGAACCAGGGACACUGGAGAACACAGCUUAGUAUGCAGUGGAGUGCGUGUGGAUGCGGAACGGGCAGCCACUCUUAUUCAGGCUUCUUGGCGGGGAUAUUCUUUACGGCAGAAGCUGGCCGUGGCUUUAGCCUCUGCUCAGAUUAGCGAGGGGGAGGACGACUUUGAUGAGGUGGACGUGGAUGAAUUUGCGUUUGACGAGUCAGCAUUGGAGGAGGCCUGGGCCACCCCGGAUCCCGGAGGCUUCCCACCCCCCACGGUCCCCCUCUCUGAUUCGGCAGCGUGGGAUCAAGCCUGGAUCACCCCGGAUCUCCGAAGCUCCCCUCUCCCCACGAUUUCCCUCCCCGAACAACCGCUGCAGCCAAAGCCCCCUGGAGGUCACUGCGCUGCAUCGCUACCAAGGCCCAGAGGUGCGUGGCAGAGUAGCCAAGACAACGCAGAGCUGGACCCCCCUUCGAGGAACAUGGCCAGGAGGAAUGAAACUCCAGUGGCAUUUGGGGAUUGUACUUUAUCAGAAAAGUCUGAGCAAAUACUAGAGGAAUGGGGAAUUACAGACCGGUAUACCGCACAUUUGAUGCUAAAAAGGGCACAGAAAAUGGGCCGCAAAGAACAGCAAAGACAAUUGCCGGAGUCAGAUAUCAACGGAUUAUCAUCUGUGUCCUGCCUGCCUGGAGUAGGCAGAGCAUCAAGGUCUUCCCUGUGGUCAGAUCCAGCUGUGCGUCUGGCACUAUUCAGAAGCAAAAACAGAGCAGCCCCCCUAAAAGCACAGAAGAGAAGCUCCCCCGAAACAGGACACCAUAAAGAUGAAAGCAGCAUGGUGGGCUGGCACUGCCAUCACGUUGGAUCCAUCCCUUGGCACGGACACCCAGUGCCCACAGAGAGUGAGCAUUUCCUGCCGGAGAUCAGCUUCGACGUCCUGAAUGGUGGCAGAGUCCAGCUCAUGGCGGGUUCUGGAUCUAGGGACGGCCCAGAUCAAGAGAGCCUGUCUGGAUCCAGUGGCACCGCUUUGUCUCCACGUCGCAAAGAACACAAUCCAGCGGGGAGACCCUUGCUGGGGCACGCGAGAAGGGCGGUGCCAUCGUCCGCUGGAGCUGCCUCUGCCCCAUCCAUAAGGGAGCGCAUCUCUUUUCGGGACAACCCGGUUCAGCUGAGCGGCGGCUGGGGAGGUGGGAAGAAGCGCGCCGGACAGGGCAAGUAGCUGCGGAUGGUGGAAGGAGAGACUGUGCUGUCGUUACAUGUACUGCAGGCACGACGUCCAUAUCUCAUUAACACAGUAACGGAGAAAGAAGAGACCCAGUCAUUUAAGUACAUAAAUAUUACUUACCAUAGUAAUUCUUCUUUAAUUGUAAACAGGCAGCUUUGGCCCGAUUUCAAUGUGACCAUGUCUGCAUCACAAUUAAACAUUAUAAAAAAAUAUCAAUACUAUAAUAAAUAAUAUAAACGGUAUUCCUGUUACCAAUGAUUUAUAAUGUAGCAAUAUUUAAUAAAAUAGUAUAAAGUGCUGUAAUAAAGUAUACAAUGUAACGAAUUUAUAUUGACUUAUAAUUUAAGCUUAAAAAUAAGUAUAAAGAAUGACAAUAAAAAAACUUGUGUUCAACCCAUUAAUAGUGAUAAAAAAUAAAGUC